AUCUAUAAAAAGAGAAAAUCCUUGCCAGGGGGACGCCACAGCAGCGAGCCCAAGCCACCCAAAGCCCAGUUGCGGGCUUCCCUUUUCCACAGCUACUCAGAGGUUAACCAGGGUCUGUAAGCAAACAGCUUAAAGAAGGAGCCCGGCUUAGUGCCUGGGUGUCUCAGGCUGUCCUGGGGACCGCCAGCCUAAUGCCCUUCCAGCAGCCCCUCCCUCCCAAAGGCGAUGCUAGGCAAACAGAGCCAGCCCUCGCCCUCUCCCCAUGCAGCGAGGAGCCCGCUGCGGGGACGGACUGGACCGGGGCUGGGGCUCAGAGGCAUCGCAGAAGAGGGUGUUUCGCUUCAGACGGGCGCAGAGCCAUAUAUAUAUAAACCCUGGAGCAGCGGCCCAGGAGGAUUGUUAAGCACACCCACACCUCGGCUACGCUUGGCAGCGCGGCGAGGUGCUGCCGGCCAUCCCGGCGGCUGAACCCCGGCGUACAGGAACACGGGAGCGAUCUGCCCAUGGGCUCCCGCCUGCUGCUGAUGCUGAUGCUGCUUCAGGCAGUUUGGAAAGGUGCUCUGGGAAAAUCCCAUUCACUGCACACCCGAGGAAUCAUCGAAUUGGCAGGAGCUAUAUCGUGUGGCACGGGACGGUCUCCUUUGGCAUAUAUUGGCUAUGGAUGCUACUGUGGACUGGGAGGACAAGGCUGGCCUAAAGAUAAAACAGACUGGUGCUGCCACAGGCACGACUGCUGCUACGACAAGGCAGAGAAGGAAGGCUGCAGCCCCAAGGUGCAGCAGUACCGGUGGGCAUGUGAGCAGAACGCCGUGCGGUGCGAUAACCUGACAGACCGGUGUGAAAAAAUGGUGUGCCUGUGUGACCAAGAAGCAGCCAAAUGCUGGGGAGCAGCGCCGUACAACCCACACUUCAUCCUCUGGCCAGACUUCUUAUGUGGACAGACUCAUCCCACAUGCCAUUUCAGAUAUGGGGGGGCAGAGUAGUCUUUUUAGGACCUUUCUUCUAACCCUUUGAAUCUGAAUGUGCUGGAAUAAAAUUUGACCUCUUUUACCUGA